GCUGCAGCCAGCUACAUGCAGAUGUUCGGUGUCGCCAGCACGUGCUCGGAAUUGAUGAAGUCCAGCAUUUUGUGGAAUGCGCCCAACAGCCCGCAGGAGAAGGGGCCGGAUGCAGGGCAGGAGAGCAACGCAAACAGCAAUUUUGCUUCUCCAGGCGGCAGCCUUUCCCUGGCUUCUUCCGUGGUGGAAAGAACGAUUCCCGUUGGCCGCAAGUCGCAGAGGAAGUGCAAAAGCUACACAGCGAUGUCUCCCAAGAGCCCCCUUAAGUGCAACACGCAAACGAGCUCCCCCCAAGUGCUGAAUCCUUCAACUUCUUACCCCGAGUCUCUAAAUCAGCCCGUGGACUCGUCCUUAGCUUUUCCCUGCACUUUCCCUUUCGGAAUCAAUCAGAGGCUUCAGUCUGAGAAGGUGAAGAAGGCGGAGAACUCUAGAACUUUGGAAACGCCUGGGCCCUCCGAGUCCAACCGAAGAAUUGCAGAUUACAUGACUUGUGAGAGCACAAAAGCCAGCUCUCCCCUCGUGAUCGAAAAAGACGUGCACGUCAAAGUGGAAAGGUUAAGCGACAAGGAGGUUCACAAGGAGGUGUCGCAGCCUGUUAGCGCAUCCCAGAGCUGGCUGAGCGAUCAGCAGACAGUCCCGGGAAGCGAGCAAGUGCAGGAAGAUCUCCUGAUCAGCCCACAGUCUUCCUCGAAAGGCUCAACAGAUGAGAGGGUUACGGAGGGAUUACCCACACUCCAGCGUACCUCUGGCACUAACGCUCAUGCAGAUGAUGAUGAUCGCACAGAGAGACCCAGCCCAAAUGGUCCAGACAGACGUUUUCAGUGUCCAACCUGCGGGGCCCGCUUCAUUCGCAUGCAGCACUUAAAACAACACACAUCUAUCCACUCAGGCGUUAAACCAUUUCAGUGUGACCGCUGUGGGAAAAAGUUCACCCGAGCUUACACGCUGAAGACACAUCACCUGAAGCACAGCGACUUACUAGUACCGGACUACUUAAACCAGGAACAAGAAGAGACCCUCAGGCAGUAUGAGCUAGGGGAGCGUGGCUUUGAAAGCAACUCCUCUGUCCAAAUGCCUGUCAUUUCGCAGGUGUGGUCAACUCAGGAUUGUGAAAGCACUUUCCCCUUGGGGUCUCUGGGUGGGUUGGCAGAGAAGGAAGAAGAGGUGCCAGAGCAGCCAAAGACUAACGCCACUGCUGAGGCAGCCACAGCCUCCAAAACCGGAGAUGUCAUCUAUUACUACUGA